AUGGCUGCUGCACCUACAAAACAAGCAAUCCUUGAGCUGUACAAGAACACCCUUCGCACAUCGAGAGCAUUCAGCUCGUACAACUUCCGGCAGUACUUUGUGCGCCGGACAGAGGGUACCUUCAGGGAGAUACAGGAAGAGACCGAUCCUGCCAAGCUGACGACGUUCUACAAUGACAAGACGAAAGAGCUAGAGGCUCUUAAGCGUAGUGCCAUUGUCAACCAGCUUUAUGGUGGCUGGAAGCUGGUUGUAGAGAAGGACAGUGUAGAGAGAGAGCGAAGCGAUAACUAG